AUGCGAACGCGAGCCGAUGGAUCCGAGGGAACGACAUCGCCCGAGACGACCGAGGGCGGUGCGCGCGCGACGACGGAGAAAGAUGCGGCGGCGGCGAGCGAUCGCGAGCGAUCGACCGCGCGCGUCGUUUCGUUUUCCACGACGACGGAGGGAAAAGGACGGCGUAAACGCCCUCGUCCGUUCUUUCACGAGGACGGGACCUCCGUCAGCGGAAAGGAGUACGCGCUGGCGAGGCGCUGCUUCGAAAACCGCCGCGACAGACUCGUCCGGGAAUUCCACGAUCUCGCGAAUUCGUAUCCGACGAGCGAUGGGUUUCUGUAUUUCGGGCGACCCGAUAAGACGGCAUCGGCGACGAGAUCGCGCGUGAACAAGCUCUACACGAGUGGAGAAAUUUGGAAAUUACCGAUUUCUAACGAAGACGAGGCCCGUACACUCCGCGACGAGUUCACUGACACGGUGGCGAAGUUGUUGGGGAAGACGAUGACGACGCUCCACAAGGGCGACGCGCACGCGAGGCCACCGAGGGUCAACGUUCUGGAUGAGAUGCUCGAAGGUGUCAUGGGAAUUGCGCGCAACGUUGUCGACCAGAUUGUCGACGAUCUGGAGCCGCGAUUGGCGCAUCUGCUCGUAGAUUCUACAGCGGCAAAGAUGACGCUCACGAGACCAAGCGCCGCGAUGAAGCGGAAGAUGACGACCAAGAUGCCAGGGGGACUCCCAUCGGUGUGCACCGAUCCACGCGUCGAAAAACCAUCCGAUGUACACGGUCGUCGCGACGACGUCGGCGACAGCACGAUCGAUGGGUCGUGA